UACAACACACCUCCCUCUAGCUGUGUGUUUACGUGAUUAAUCUUGGUUAUGUAGCUAGGUUACUGUGGUACAACCGGUUUUGACGGCAAUUUGAGAUUGGUCAAUCUUAGCAGUGUAUUAAAAAGAACAUCAAACCACGUAUACCAUAGCGAUUUCGACAGCAGACUUUUUAACAAAAAAAAAAAAAAAAAAUACGAGAGAGCUGCUUUGCUUGGAUCUGUGUCUUUACUGAUUAGAAAAUAAAGUUUGCUGGUAGAAAAGAAAUCUAGUGCUUACCAAUUUCUUCCAAGAGCCAAGCAGAUCAGGCCUUGUUUUCCACGGCGCAACAGGUGACGCCAAUAACAGCCACGGAUUUACAAACCAUUAAACAAUUGUUAUCUCCAAGUUGGGUAACUCUUACAGCUGCUUAAAUGCGGUAUGGUACAAAUAUGAUGCCGAUGUUUCUUACUGUGUACCUCAGUAAUAAUGAACAGCAUUUUACAGAGGUGCCAGUUACUCCAGAAACCACAUGUAAAGAUGUGGUAGACUUGUGCAAAGAACCUGGAGAAACUGACUGCCAUCUGGCUGAAGUAUGGAGAGGAUCAGGCGGACAGAGACUUCAGGAUCAAAACACAAAGAGAAAUGGCAUGAAAGGACCUCGAGACAGAAGGAUGGAGAAUGGUGUUAGUAUUCCACGGAUGGAUAUGACUUUGUCUGAGUUGCAGGAAAUGGCUGCUCGACAGCAGCAACAGAUUGAAAUUCAGCAGCAGCAUUUAUCUACAAAGGAGCAGCGUCUGAGGUAUCUGAAGCAGCAAGAUCAACGUCAGCAAAAACAAGCUGCUGAGCAGGAAAAGCUAAAGCGACUUCGAGAAAUUGCUGAAAAUCAGGAAGCCAAACUGAAAAAAGUGAGAGCACUCAAAGGCCAAGUUGAGCAGAAACGACUUAGCAAUGGCAAACUUGUGGAAGAGAUUGAACAAAUGAACAGCUUAUUUCAACAAAAACAGAGAGAGCUCGUGUUGGCAGUGGCAAAAGUGGAUGAACUCUCUCGGCAGCUUGAAAUGCUGAAAAAUAGCAAGAUUGAAAGUUACCAUGACAACCAGUCUGCUGUAGUGGAACUUGAUCGACUUUACAAGGAGCUGCAGCUCAGAAACAAGUUAAACCAAGAACAGAAUGCAAAGUUACAGCACCAGAGGGAGUGCUUGAACAAACGCAAUGCAGAAGUAGCAGCUAUGGAUAAGCGUAUUGGUGAGUUGCGUGAUCGCCUUUGGAAAAAGAAAGCAGCUCUGCAGCAGAAGGAAAAUGUACCAAUUUUGUCUGAUGGGAAUGUACCUCACCAGAUCAUAUCAGCUGCAAGUCGAGUAGCAGCAGUGGGGCCAUAUAUUCAGUCCUCCACUGUACCACGAGUUCCAUCAAAAUCUGAACUUCUGGUGAAGCCUGCAUUUCCUGAUGGAGUGUCAUUGCUGCAGCUUUCUGAUGGCCCUUUGAAAACACAGACACUGCCCAACAUGAAACCUGUAGGAACUGUUCAGGCCAAAGCACCAAAUGGUACUGGAAUUCAGGCUUCUAAACCACCUCAAGCAGGACCUGAAGACUCAGCUGCUGAUUUGGAGAAAGUGAUUAGAGAGAAAGAUAAGAAAACACGACCAGUUUCAAUGUUUGAUUCUUUGGAUCCAGCCACAGGUUUGCCUUCCUUUGGAAUGUUGAGAAAGAACCAGAGCAAUGAGGACAUCUCGAAGGAGGUGCAGAGUACACAAAAGGUGAAAGUUCCACCACCUGUUCCUACCAAACCUAAGCAAGUUAACUUGUCUUACUUUGGACCAGAUGCAAGCCCUCAGAAGUCAUCAUCAGCUGCGGGUAGUAAACUAAAGCCAGCAACCCAGCAACAGUCUCAGAGCAGCUCUCAGCAUAGAGUCAGUGUAACUCCUGCUGUAGUAGGGUCAAAUGCAAACUCUUCAGCACCUUCCAAACAAGAAACUCCACCUGCUGCCACAGUACGACCUUUCACACCUCAGCCUGCAAAAGAGGUUCCAUCCCAGUCCUAUCGAAAGCCUCUGAUUGUUGCAGCUAGUUCUAUUUACUCAGUUUACACACAGCAGCAGACUCCAGGGAAGAAUUUUCAGCAAGCUGUGCAAAGUGCCUUAACCAGGGGACCGGCACGAAAUUCGCCACUACCAACAGUAUAUGGAAAGCCUGUUGUUCCUGGAGGUAACUCAUCUGGUGCUCCCACUGUGAAUUUACAAUCUGAGAAUAUUUAUGCUGAGAACCAUGACAAAUCUGACAGCCCUGAAAUUGAGACCGACUCUGCUACUGUUUCGACAGAGAAUCAGGAAACUGAAAGAAAUCCUCGACCUCUUAGCCCUACAAAACUGUUGCCUUUCCUUUCAGGUAGUUAUCGAAACCAGAGUGAUGCCGAUUUAGAGGCUUUAAGAAAGAAACUGGCUAAUGCACCAAGACCAUUGAAGAAACGCAGUUCAAUAACAGAACCAGAGGGGCCCAGUGGACCAAACAUCAAGAAGUUACUUUACCAAAAAACUACUUUGGCUGCCUUAGAGACAACAGGUUCAAAUCCAUUCUACCAACCCAAACAGCCUGCAUCUUCACUACAUGUUGAAAGUAGUGGCAUGACGGAAAGUCUACAAGAUCCAAGCACAGAAACAGAGAAUGAAACUGUACCUGAAGAAGAAAUUUCUCCUGUUUCACCUGACCAACCUCCUUCACCAAAAAAUGAAAAUAUCAGCUCAGAGGAACUAGCAGCAUCUGUAACUUCAUCAGAUCCUGAACCACUGCCUGGAAAAAUACUCGAGAAUGAACAGCCUUUGCUACCUGGCCCAGAAGGAGAGGAUUCUGAUGCCAUGCUUCCUUACAUAGAAGAGUAUCCACCAUAUCCUCCCCCACCGUACCCUAUUGCUGGGGAUUCUGAGAGCCUGGGAGAGGACACCUUUAACUUAAAUCCACCUGAAAUUACAGGACAGUUUUCACUGCCACCAGGAAAGAGAACUAAUUUGAGAAAAAAUGGAUCUGAAAGGAUUGGUCACGGAAUGAGAGUAAAAUUCAAUCCGCUUGCACUUCUCUUAGAUGCGUCUUUGGAAGGAGAAUAUGACCUUGUCCAGAGGGUCAUUUAUGAGGUGGAGGACCCCAGUAUGCCAAAUGAUGAAGGCAUUACAGCACUUCACAAUGCGGUAUGUGCUGGUCACACAGAGAUUGUUAAAUUCCUGGUACAGUUUGGUGUGAACGUCAAUGCAGCAGACAGUGAUGGAUGGACACCUUUACACUGUGCUGCAUCCUGUAAUAAUGUCCAAGUUUGUAAGUUUCUGGUAGAAUCAGGAGCCGCAGUGUUUGCCAUGACAUACAGCGACAUGCAGACUGCAGCUGAUAAGUGUGAAGAGAUGGAAGAAGGUUACAGUCAAUGUUCCCAGUUCUUAUAUGGUGUUCAAGAGAAGAUGGGCAUUAUGAACCGAGGAGUAGUUUAUGCUCUUUGGGACUAUGAGGUAGAGAAUGUGGAUGAACUUUCAUUUAAAGAAGGUGAAUGCAUGACUGUCAUCCAGAGGGAAGAUGAACUCGAGGUUGAGUGGUGGUGGGCCCAACUUCGUGAUAAAGAGGGAUAUGUGCCACGCAAUUUACUUGGGCAGCAGGCAUGGAAGGUUCCAGACUCCAUUGAGCCCAUCCCCAAGAGACCAGACAAGAUUCUUUCCACUCCAGAAGACAAGGAGUCUUGGGCUAAAGGAUCGGCUUUAGAUGCUGUGGUCGUAGUGGUAGUCUCUAAAAAGGAACUUGCUGUUCACCCUCCCAGUAGUGUGUCUCUGGCCAUGGACAAGUUUAGGAACGUUAGUGCUCCCUCAGGGUUUACCAGCCUGCGCAAUGACGUCAGCUCCCCCUACCAGCCUGUCGAAAUUGAGAUUCAAGGAGCUCACGCAUUACCAGCUGACCUGGCUGUUCAAAUGCGAGCAGGAGCAGCAACAAAUUGUUGCUGUAUAUUGCUGGAUCAGACACUGCUUGUGACUUAG